UUGUAUAUAUUAAGGGUGGAUAUUCACCCUUCAGCGUUCAUUAUUGUGAGAAAAUAUCUCUCUAGAAGGAUUUAGUAGCAGUGAGAAGAGAGUAGCAGAUGGACAUGAAGAAGCGAGGUUCAACCAUCCCUUUGGUGAUGUGGAUUUUGGUGAUUUAUCACUGCGUUGCAGCUGUGUCCGUCAUGUCCAUGUCCAAUGUCACCACUUCUCUGUGCGACGGCUCCCUAGAGGACUGUCUCAACGUCAUUCACUUGGAUUCACAGCUUCCCACCAUCUCAAGCUCUCACUUCCGCAGAAUCCUUGCUCAAGCUGACGACCCAGUGACUAAAAACACUCCCAAUCCUAAUAACCCGGCCGUCCGUUGUAGCUAUCCUAAUGGGCAUUAUAAAAAAUGUGGGGCCCAAGCUAAUCCUGGUGGUACGGAUAGCCAUUGUCCUUAUACUUCUUACAAAAGGGAUUGCGUUAACAUUAAUCCUAAUCCUGAUUCAUAAUGAUCUCUAAGAUCGUCGUCGACCGCGCGUCGGCCGGACAAGCUAUAUGUUUAUGUAUACCAAUGAUUUCGCUUCCUCACUCCACUGCUGUGCUGUGUCUCCAUUAUUGGGCGUGUUUCUGUUACUGCAAUAGUAAUUCCAUCUCAUCAACUGGACAAGUGUUUGGUAAGAAUGGUGAACGUGUAUAUGUAUGCUUUUCUUUAUUUCAGUUUACUUAAGUCAAUAACUAUGUGUGUCUUCUCUUCAAGUAAUAAUGGAAUGCUGGUGGCCUACAAUUAUUCUCUUCUU